AUGCGGAAGAACCCUUUUGACAUGUCCGAGCUCGACGCUGAGAUCGAAGAGCAGCAACCCCAAGUCGAAAUCCAUGCCCGCCAGUCAAUUGACGGUAAUCGGUCCUUGCUACAGGACGAAGAUCGCCGCAAUGAUGACCUGAAGGAUCGGUUUAUUGGUGCCAUUGACCAGGGUACUACGAGUACACGCUUCAUUAUUUUCGACUGCACGGGGAACCCUAUCGCAAAAUAUCAGUCGGAAUACCGCCAACUUCACGAGUUUUCAGGGUGGCAUGAGCAAGACCCCUAUGAAAUGGUAGAUUCCGUCUACACCUGCAUUGAAGAGGCUAUGAAGACUUUCCUUGCUCUCGGCCACUCCAAGUCAGACAUUGAAGCAAUUGGUAUCACCAGUCAACGUGAGACGACGCUCUGCUGGGACUGGGAAACGGGCGAACCGUUGUGCCCCUCAAUUGCUUGGCCUGACACUCGAACAAAGGUCCUUGUUCGAGAACUGAGGGCCCAGGAGGGUGCCGAAGACCUGAAGAACAUCUGCGGUCUGCCGCUCUCCACAUAUCCUUCGUCUGUAUCAUUAGUGUGGUUGAUCCGCAACGAUGAGGCUGUCAAGAAGGCGUACGAAGAAGGCCGACUCGCAUUUGGUACCGUUGAUUCAUGGCUCAUCUAUAACUUGAACGGUGGUAUCGAGGGCAACCACCAUGUAACGGAUGUGACCAACGCUUCUAGAACCAUGUUCAUGAACCUGGAGACGCUUGAUUAUGACGAUAACUUACUGAAGUUCUUCGGUAUAGAUCGGAAGAAGAUCCGGCUGCCGAAGAUCCUUCCAUCUUCUGACCCAGAUGGAUUUGGCUAUAUCCGCUCGGGGCCACUGGAAGGAGUUCCAAUCACUAGCGACCUUGGAGAUCAGUCUGCGGCGCUGGUUGGCCACUGUGCCUUUGAACCAGGCACUGCGAAAAACACUUACGGUACCGGUUGCUUCCUACUAUAUAACGUUGGUGAAAAACCGGUUGUAUCGAAGCAUGGCCUUCUUGGUACCGUCGGCUUCCAGUUAGGAAAGAAGCGGAAGCCCGUCUAUGCCCUUGAAGGAAGUGUUGCUGUUGCUGGGAGUGGUGUUUCGUUCCUGAUGAACAAUCUGGGCUUUUUCCGAGACUCGCGUAAAGUGAGUGAUUUGGCGGCGAUGGUCCCCGACAACGGAGGAUGCAUCUUCGUCACAGCCUUUUCUGGUCUCUUUGCGCCAUACUGGAUUGAUGACGCUAAGGGAACUAUUUUCGGAAUCACACAACACACCCAGCGAGGCCACAUCGCCCGUGCGACGAUGGAGGCCGCCUGCUUCCAAACCAAGGCCAUUCUUGACGCCAUGGAGAUGGACAGUGGCCAUAAACUAACCGAGUUGGCCGUCGACGGAGGAAUGAGCAACUCGGACAUUUGCAUGCAGACCCAAGCAGACAUCAUCCAAAUCCCAGUCGAACGACCGGCCAUGCACGAGACAACGGCGCUGGGCGCCGCAAUUGCCGCCGGAUUCGCCAUCGAUAUCUGGAAGGAAUUCAGCGAGCUCAGGAACAUGAACCGUGCCAACCGAACCUCUUUCUCCCCCGCGAUCUCCCCCGAACAUAGUGUCAAGAUGUACAAACAGUGGACAAAGGCCGUUGACAUGUCUCGCGGUUGGGUUGACUCGUCUGAAAUGGAAGGCGAAGAGUAA